AUGACGUCUGAGACUUCUAACAACGCACAAUCGCCGCCUCAGACACCACCAAUAUGGAGUGUGGUCCAGUUCACUUUCAGCGAUAGAAACACCGAUUCAGAGCUGGUGGUUAUGUGCAAUGAUAAACGCUUUGUUAUAAAUCUCUCAGCCGAAACCUUUUCGGAGUCGCCCAAGUUGAAAGAGCGUUAUCUCUUCUUCUUACAAGUCGCCGAAGAGUUUGAGCUAGAUGGUGUGGCUGUCGAGGACUUCUGGGAUUGGAUUGUCGACCCUCUGCUCCCUAUUUUCCUGGAAUUGCCCACUCCAGACCAGGCAGCACCACGGACCCUGGACGGCUUUUUCAACCCCGAAACUUUCGUCUAUACCUUCCAAGCGAUUUCAGAUGAGCGUAUACCGCAGCUAGACAGAGACGCCGAACACCAAUCUUCAUUCGGCAUUUCCGUUCCUGAUGAACUCUGUGCACCAUGGAAGUCCUUUGAUCCUUCUGAGGUACAGAUUCUUCCUGAGAAAGUGAUCGGUCCGCCUUCUCAUACGCCGAGCAAAGUUCUUUUGCGCGACGGGAUAAUUACAUUUCUUAAGCUCGCCCGCCGCGGCGAUACGCAGUCUCUGAAAAAUGAGCUAAAUACAUAUGGGAAGAUCGAAAGAGCACAACUUGACAACAAAGUGAAGAUUUCACGCCUCCACGGCCUAGUGCGGAACAAUGAAGGUGUAAUACUUGGUCUUUUACUUACAUAUAUUGACUGUAAGCGUAUGACACUUUCGUGUGCAGUGCUACCGGGAACUGAAGUUUCAUUGAGGCAGAGAUGGGCUGCACAAAUUCAGGAGGCUAUUGGACAACUGCAUGAUGCUGGAAUUACUUGGGGAGAUGCCAAACCGGAUAACAUCCUCAUUGAUGUAAAUAAGGAUGCUUGGCUUAUUGAUUUUGGUGGUGGUUACACGGAGGGAUGGGUGCCUAGGACCCUUGUCGGGACAAUGGAAGGUGAUUGCUUUGCUCUCGAGAAGAUGCUAGAGUACGUUCUCAACUAG